ACAAAUUACUCAAUAUACUCAAUCAAACUUUAUUUACUGAUUUCCAUUUUCACAAAUUACAUUAUUUCUGAUUCUGAUAAAUGGUCGCACACGUUGCACACAAUAGCUGUGUAUUGGAAGGACUGGAAGGGAAUCAAAACAAAACAGCUGACAGUCGGUUUAGGAAAAAUACAACAAAAAAAACACAAUGAGUUUCCUCGGAAGAAUUGCUCGCCAAGGGAAUUUCCCUGUGAAAUACUUUGCAAAUUAUGCCAAAUUCUACUGCACAGCUGCUCCAGUGUCCCAGGAGAUCGAUAAAAUGGUGAAAAAGAGCAAAGUCGUGGUAUUUAUGAAGGGAAACCCAGAAGCACCACGAUGUGGUUUCAGCAAUGCUGUGGUUCAGGUUAUGAGGAUGCAUGGAGUUCCCUACGACAGCUACGACGUUCUCUCAGAUGAAAGUCUCCGCCAGGGAAUUAAAGACUUCAGCAAUUGGCCAACGAUUCCUCAAGUCUUCAUCAAUGGAGAAUUUGUGGGAGGAUGCGACAUCAUGCUCCAAAUGCAUCAGAAUGGAGAGUUGAUUGAAGAGCUAAAGAAAGCAGGAAUCAAGAGUGCUCUGCUGGACAAGCAGCCAGAGAAUGAAACAAAGUAGUUCUGGAGAAUUUUAUUAUAAUUCAUAGUGUAUUUUACAUGUAAAUAUCUCAGUUGAAAAUAA